AUGUAUAUUACCAAAAAAAGUAAACCUGCUUCUUCAUCUGACUUGUCGACUUUUCCUUAUUCUGCUGCGCUCAGUGCUGAUGCUUCAGAUUUAUUGAGGCAAGUUCAGGAAAUCGUGGCAGUGAAAAAGCCGAAGGGACAAUUUCUUCAUUGGGACAAUUUUUUGUUUAUUUCUUUGGAUGUUGUUGAGGUCGAGAAGAAGGAGAGGUUUUUUGGUAAUCUACGGCUGGGUAGUGAGCUUGCAGCCUCUCUCCGCCAAGAGCACACAGAAAAGGCCGUGAUGAACAUCCAGGAUGAACUCGACAUCGAGGCGCGGCCACUUCAGAUCUAUAGAAUGGGAAAGGAAGACGAUAGGCCGAUCAAAUGCGUAUCGCUUCAAAAGAUUCUUGUUCAGCACACUUCCUCGUUCGAGAUA